AUGGCGUACAACUCGUACAACUCGUCCAUCGUGCUCGACCUCCCUCCACUGCCGUCAUACACCCUGACUCCUCGCGAGCCCCUCCUUGCUCCGAUCCCCGAUAACAUUCUGGCCUUGAUCUUGCCAAUUGUCGCCUAUUGGGUUGUCUCCCUGUUGUUCCACUUCAUCGACGUCAACGAUUACUUUCCCCAGUAUCGCCUCCAUACACCCGCGGAACUGCUCAAGCGAAACCACGUUUCUCGUGCGGAUGUGGUAAGGGAUGUAAUCUUUCAACAGGUUAUCCAAACUCUGGCAGGUUUGGUGGUAGCGUAUUUCGAUGAGGUGGAGUAUGUCGGUCGCGAAGAGUACGAUGUGGCGGUCUGGGCCAGGCGCCUCCGGAUUCUCCAGAAGGCGGUUCCCACGCUUGUCGGCUUUUUGGGUGUUGAUUCUAUUCGUCUCGCAAAGAAUCUGUCUCGAUACCCGUCCCUGGCUGGCAUUCUGUCUGGUGGAUCGUAUCCAGGACUCGUCCAGACUGUGAUCUUGGACAAUGGAGCCGAGGUAGUGGCGCCAGCAUUUGCGAAGUGGGAGCUCGCCGCAGCAAGCUUUAUCUAUUGGUAUUUCAUUCCGGCCAUCCAGUUCACCUGGGCCAUCCUCGUCGUAGACACCUGGCAGUAUUUCUGGCACCGGGCCAUGCACCUCAACCGGUGGCUCUAUGUGUCUUUCCACUCUCGCCACCACCGUCUCUAUGUGCCCUAUGCCUUUGGAGCCCUGUACAAUCAUCCCGUGGAAGGAUUCCUCCUGGAUACGGCGGGAACGGGUGUGGCGUUCCUCACCUCCCGGAUGACCAGUCGCCAAAGCAUGUGGUUCUUCACCCUGUCGACCAUCAAGACUGUAGACGACCACUGUGGGUAUGCGUUUCCUUGGGAUCCUCUGCAGUUAAUCACCUCCAACAAUUCCGCCUACCAUGACAUCCAUCACCAGAGUUGGGGUAUCAAGACCAACUUCUCCCAGCCGUUUUUCACUUUCUGGGAUCGUCUGCUGGGAACCCAAUGGAAGGGGGAUGUCUCGCUGAAGUACGAACGUGCGCGCACCGCUGCUGAAAAGCAGGUCGAGGCGGACAGAGCCAAGCAGACCGGAGACGCAGCGGAUGACGCGCUUCCAACAGAGCCAGGCCCGCUCGAUGCCGGCAACCCCGAUCAUGACUCAAAUCAAGACCAGGUGGAAGUGUCUCCCCGCAAGAUUAUUCACCGGAGCAUGCGGAGUACAGCUACUACAAGAGGCCAUGGAGUGAACAGCAGCAUUCGUCAGAAGUAG